AUGAGAGAAUUUCAAAUUGAUAAUGAGUGCUUAAAUUGUGCGAUUGGUUCUCAUAACAACAAAUUUGUUGAAUACAUUCUUGAUCAUGAUCUUGCUGAACUUAAUAAAAUUGAUUUUGAUACAAUUUAUUAUUCUCAAAAUGUGAAAGCAUUGUUUCUCUUGUAUGAAAAAGAUCCAAAUUCAAUCAUUCCAUGGUGUACACCAUUUCCACAAACUAUUGAUAUCCUUAAAUCAGGUAAUAUCAAUUUAUCAACAAUUAAACAACAAUUACAAACACUUUUUGACUAUUGA